GGCGGCGCCUGCGUUGCCAUGGUGGGCAAGGACUGCGUGGCCAUUGCCUGCGAUCUCCGUCUGGGUUUACAAUCCCUGACCAUCUCGAACAACUUCCCCAAGGUCUUCCAGUAUGGUGACGUCUUCCUAGGGCUGACUGGGCUGGCCACCGACGUCAACACCGUCAGCGACCUGUUCCGCUACAAGACAAACAUGUACCGCCUCCGCGAGGAGAGGUCCAUCGCCCCCCGCACCUUUGCCAACCUCGUCUCGUCGUCGCUGUACGAGCGCCGCUUCGGCCCCUACUUCGUCUCGCCCGUCGUAGCCGGCCUCGACCCCACCACCGGGAAGCCCUUCAUCUGCGGCUUCGACAGCAUAGGCUGCAUCGACUUUGCAAAGGACUUUAUCGUCGCUGGUACCGCCUCGGAGCAGCUGUUUGGAAUGUGCGAGGGUCUCUGGGAGCCUGAUCUGGAACCCGAUGCUCUGUUCGAAACCAUCUCCCAAUCUCUCCUCAACGCCGUUGACCGCGAUGCCCUCUCCGGUUGGGGUGCCCACGUCUACAUCAUCGAGAAGGACAAGGUCACCAAGAGGUUACUCAAGGGCAGGCAGGACUAA